GUGGAAUCGCGCACUGCGAGAACGGCAGACUGGCUGCCGUAGUCCAGCCCUAAUGGCAGACGCAAGGAAGCGAAGAGACAAAGCAACGCGUGCCGCGGAACGGAGGCUGAAGCAGAAGAACAAGUGCCGUGCAUUGAUUCUCGGGGACUUGUCGAACGUGGUCUUUGAGCACGAUAUCUACGCUAAUCGUCUUCGUAUCGCGCUAAGAUCGGACGGCUGGGCGGUUGACCAUGUGCCAUUCGACCCGGAUGAUGCUAGGAAACGACUAGGCAGCGUCGAGAAAGACGACGAAGAUCCCAGCGAUGGCGGCGGUGGUGGAGGAGGAGGAGAUGGAAAUUGCAAGCUUAUGUAUUCUCUGUGUAUCGUCUCGGCGAUCUACCCAGCAAGGAAAGAAGCCAAGCCGUUCUUCUCUAACGCGGCAUGGAAGAUGGCUGUGGUGACGUGGGUCCGACGUGGCGGAAUCUUGGUCUUCGCUGGAGGAGAUGGUCGAACGGUAGAUACCACCUUCCGAGGGAAGGAUGGGGAAAAGCUCAUCCGUUUUCUUGGGGAGUUUUUUGAGCGGCCAUGGCAGUUUGUGGGUGAGUUCUUUUGCCGCACAGUGCAUCGUUUCCGUAGCGAAAGCCUGCCGUGGCUCGCCCUCCCGCCGUCGUGCGUUGACCCUCCCUCCUCUUCUCCCACCUCUCCCUCUCCCUCUCCCUCUGGCUCCUCCUCUUCCUCCCUGAUGGCUCUUUCGGCUAAGCUACCGCGGAGGUGCGAUGUCAAAGCCUGUAUGUUGUCGAACGUACCCCUCGCUCAGCGUGUGUAUUCCCCUGUUGUUGGCGCCAAGACAGAUUCGAUGCUGGGGGUCUUAAGCGGACUCCCGGUCGACGAGGACUUGUGCCCGGUCGCCGCCGCACGCUUCGGCCGUGGCCUCAUCUCAUUUUUUGGUGACGUCAAUGCGGAGCCAGACACUAUCUCGAUCAUUGUUUCCUUGGUUGGAACAGUGUAUAAGCAUCAGCACGAGAUGGAAACCUCCUCCUCCUCCUCCUCCUCCUCCUCCUCUUUGUCUCCCUCCUCCUCGUCGAUCCCCUCCGCCUCUGGUCGCAAGAAACUGUUGGCUGUUUGCAACCUCUGCGGCAAGGACGGCAUGGGGGACCGCCUCAUGACAUGCGCCCUGUGCAGGCGAGUCCGAUACUGUAGUAAAGUGUGCCAGAAGGAUGACUGGCGGCUGGGGCACAAGCGUCUUUGUCAAAAGGUCGCUAGUGAUGGUGCUGAUGAUAAGGGUGGCGAUGAAGAUGAUGACGCUGAUGAAGACGAUGAUGAUGGUACUGGUAUAGAGUUUGUUUCGAUUUGGUAGAGGGGCUAAAGCCAAAUUUUGCAUUUUCGAG